CAUCAUCUUCUCAUCUUCCCAAGUUCCGCGGCUCGCUCGCUCUCUUUUUCCUCUCGAUUUGAGGAGUUCUGUUGCGGUAGACUGCUACGACGGAGUUUAAAAAAUCUUCUUCGGUUGUAAAGUUUCGAGAAGGCGAGCGAGCGAGCGAGCUAGUAGUUGCUGUUACGAUUUACGAUUACUCAGAGAAGAAGAAGAAGAAGAGCGAUUUCGAUUCAUUAUUGUGUUACUUCUCGUCGUGGAGAAAUCUCUCAUUGCUGAGGGUGUUUAGUAGUGCACCUUGUUCUUGUUAUCAACAACAAGAACCUUAGUUUUGGUUUCCAGCCAUGCCUUCUCUCCAGCUAUUGCAGUUAACUGAGCGGGGUCGGAGUCUCGUUGCUUCAAGACGGAAAUCUAUACUGCUUGCGGCUGGGAUCGUAGCUGCUGGUGGAGCUUUUUACUUAAAAUCAAGGAUCAGCUCCCCUAGGCUUGAUUCUUCCCGUGGGCGGAGUGGUGGUGAUGGUGAAGCAUUGGAAAAGCGGAGAGGAAACAAUAAGAAUGCAAAGAAAGCCACACCAAAGAAGAAAGGAGGAGGAUUGAAGUCUCUUCAGGUUCUCACUGCUAUCCUCUUGUCUCAGAUGGGAAAAAUGGGCGCCAGGGAUCUUCUCGCACUACUCGCCACUGUGGUUUUCAGAACUGCUUUGAGCAAUAGAUUGGCGAAAGUUCAAGGUUUCCUAUUCCGUGCCGCUUUCUUAAGGCGUGCCCCACUGUUUCUACGUCUUAUCUCCGAGAAUAUUUUCUUGUGUUUCAUGCUAUCGACUACGCACGCUACGUCAAAGUACAUAACUGGGGCCUUGAGUUUGCGUUUCAGAAAGAUAUUGACGAAACUUAUCCAUUCACAUUACUUUGAGAAUAUGGUAUACUAUAAAAUAUCACAUGUGGAUGGUCGGAUUACGCACCGGAGCAGCGAAUUGCCAGCGAUGUACCAAGAUUCUCCUCAGAGCAUAUGUACUGGGAGCCGGUACUGCGAUAAGGACCUUUUCUCCUUCUUUUGGCAAAUUGAUGUCCAAAGAGCAGCAGUUGGAAGGGGAGUACCGACAACUUCAUUCACGCUUAAGGACUCACUCGGAAAGCAUAGCAUUCUAUGGUGGGGAAACCAGGGAAGAAUCUCAUAUACAAAAAAGUUCAAGAAUCUUGUUACUCAUAUGAGUGACGUCCUUCAUGAUCACUGGUGGUUUGGCAUGAUCCAAGAUUUUCUGCUGAAGUAUCUUGGUGCCACAGUUGCUGUUAUUCUGAUCAUCGAGCCAUUCUUCUCUGGGCAUCUAAGACCUGAUGACUCGACCUUAGGGAGAGCAGAGAUGCUAAGCAAUAUAAGAUAUCACACCAGUGUCAUUAUUUCUCUCUUUCAGGCGUUAGGAACACUUUCUAUAGUUCCAGGCGGCUCAGCCGACUCAGGUAAUACGUUAUGA